GUUAAGAAAGUUGUAUCAUGUCUUUCAACUUGUGUCUUCCCAGACAAAACAACUUACCCAAUUGAUGAAACAAUGAUCCAUAAUGGACCACCACACGAUUCCAAUUUUGGUUAUGCAUACGCCAAACGUUUAAUAGAUACACAAAAUAAAGCAUAUUAUGAACAAUUUGGUGAUAAAUUCACCUCGGUUAUUCCCACCAAUGUGUUUGGCGCUCAUGAUAAUUACGACUUACAAGAUUCUCAUGUUAUUCCGGGAUUAAUCCAUAAAU